AUUCAUACAGUGAAAUAUUAUAAAGCAAUGAGAAUGAACACAUUAUUGGUACACGAAACAAUAUGGAUGAGUUUUACAGACAUAAUGUUGAGCAAAGAAAAACUCAGAGACAGCAGCUGCCAAGUGGAACUGCUGCCUGGUCUCUUCCUCUCAAAGGAACUGGCUUCAUUUUCCUACCUGGCUUUUCUCCUUCCAGAAGCUCAGAGAGAAGCCAAAUGGCCCACAUUCAUCCUAAAUCAGACUGUGGCUACCUUGCAGUGUCUUGGUUCUAGGAGCAAAGUGUAAGUCAACCUUGUAUAUUUGGAAAAAAGGCGAAAGGUCAAGCACACUCUGAAGAACCUGAGAGUCAUGCUGUUCCCCGCAAAACAGCACUGCCCCCCACCAAGCUGUCACCUAACCCUCACAUCCAAGGUUCAGAUUGGAUCCCUUGUGACAGGCAAAGCUUUUUUACCAGGGAUCUCCCAGUGUAAGGUCUACCCAGUGAUGGGGGCUUCAUCAGAGACUUUUCCCACCACUACCACCUUCGUAACUCCUGGGAAAAAAGGAGAGAAAACUACAAGGAUUGAUGAUUUUUCUAGUCCUCUGAAACAAGACACAGAUGAGGACCUAGAGAAGAGGCAGAAAUGGAGCAUCAUGGUCAAAUUUCUGAUUGCAGUCACCUUGUUGUUCAGGGGAAUUGCCUUUAUAGUGUUCAUCAUUUUUGAAGUCCCAUGCCCUAGUCAAUGCCUAGGAGCCAGAGAGCUAUGCCAAUGCCAGAGGUUGUGGAGAAGGCAAAGAAAGGAAGGCCAGCAACCUGGUGUAGCUGAAUCCCAGACUGACUCUCAGCCCAAAAAGGAAAGUCUUCUCUGUAUGGCUAUUGUUGGACAAGAUGCUCCCAAAUCAUCAAGCCCCAAGAAAGCUGCAGAGAUCACUGUGGUCCAUGAGACAUACUUCUGAAAAGUUCUGCUCUGCCUCACACACUGAAUGAAAGAUACUACACUGUCUUCUCCCUACUAUUAAUCAGUAUGGGCAGAUUCUUGCUAAUCUUACCCUCGUAUCUUCAGCAGGGACAUUACGAUCAGACAGUAAUGCCAGGCCAAUGAGGGGGAAGCCUGGGCUCCAGAGUUACUCUCAUGCCUUUGCUACUGACUUAGCCACAAGCCUCUGAAAUUCACUUGGUAAUCCCACAAAAAAUGGAUUUUUUUUUCACCCCAUCAAAUGAAAACAAAAAGUCUUC